GGAUGAUACAGCCAAUUUUCCACAACCACUCUCUUUGCUUCUUCUUUGUCAACGUGCUGGUGCUGUGUGUGAACGUGCUGCUUGGUGUUGUGGUGUGGUCGUCUCAUGCAACACGAAGUGAACAAGCCAGCCAGCAAGCAACCGAGCUGCAGCAAGCGAGCUGAGCGAGCCGCCCAGAACAGCAGUGACACUCAACAACGACAACAGCAGCAGCUACAACAACAGCAACAGCAGCAGCAACAGCAGCAGCAAAAGCACAGCAAACAACACAGCACACAACACAGCAUGCAGAGGCCUCCUCCGCCUGGUGGCCCACCACCACCCAUGCCGCCGCCACCAUUUGGCGUGCCGCCCUUUGCGGGCGGCUUCCGCGGUCCACCGCCGCCGUUUGGGCGCCCGCCACGCCCUCCACCGCCGCAUGGGCCCCAAUAUGGCGCACGUCCUCCAGCAACAGCGCCUGUGCUCCAGGCGCCGCCAACGGCACCACAGAAUACCAAUAACCAACCCAAGGAGUCGACAGCGGAGAGCGGUGCGGAGACCGAGCUCCCGAAACAUACGACCGUCUACCUGGGAGAAUUGUCGCCCGCGCUGCCCACCUUCUACAUCCGCGACGUGCUCAACAAAUGCGGCAAAGUCUUGAAGUUAAACCGUCCAAAAAGCGCGGCUGGUCAGCUGCAGACAUAUGCGCACUGCACCUUCUCCAAUCCCGACGAGACGUUGCGUUGUCUUCGCCUCUUGAAGGAUUUUGCCCUCGGCCUCAAGCCCCUCGUCCUCAAAGUGGACGACGAGACGCGGAAGUUUCUCGACAAUUACAUUGCACAGAAGCGCGAGCUUGCACCGGGCGCUGUGGAUGAGGAAGGCCUUGACGCUGCUGCGCGGGCGGAGGAUGAAAAGUCGAGCGCCGGCAUCAAACGCAUCAUGGAUAAACUCCAGCAGGAGUAUUCCUCCCGUAUCAAGCACACGGGCGGCGUCGAUCACACGCAGCGCGCAGUCGCCGAGCGCCAGGAGUUUAUGCUUGAGCUGAAGGACACGAUCAGCGCGGACGUGGUGGUGCCCGACGAGAAUAUGGAGCAGACACGCGACGUCGUCGUCAACGAAAUCCACGCAUUCAGGCAAGCGAUUGAGACGGACUUUUCGAAACAGGCGGAGCCGGAAGAAACGGAGCUUGACAAGACCCGCCGCAAGUUUGAGGAGAUGGCCGAGAGGGACCGGGAGCGGCGGCUGGAGCGGGAGCGGUCUCGGCGCAAGUCCGCAUUUUCAUCACGACUGCGGGACUAUCGGCGCAAAGAGGAGCGCAGGGAACGCGACAGAGCAAAGGCAACCGACCGUGUCCAGCGGCGGCAGAAGGAGCAGUGGGAGAAGGCGGACAAGCAGCACGAGUUUGAACGCACCUACCACGAUGAGAAGGACGACCCGUACUUCUACAGACCAAGCCAGCUGGACCGGCUGCGGCGGGCGCGGGCGCGGGAGGAGGAGCUCGAUGCGCGCGAUCGCGAGCGCGAAGAGCGAGAAGUGCGCGAGUUCAAAGCCAAGAUGGAGGCGGCAUCGGCAGCAGCAGCAGCAGCAGCAAUUGGUGGUGGUGGGAAGGAGGACGUGAAGGAAGGAAAGGAGGGGAAGGAGGAGGGAGGGGCAACGGAUACAGCGGGAGGUGAAACCAAGGGAGACCGGGGCGAGGCGAGUGGUGGUGCCGGCAGCACCACUGAUGCCUCUGCGCAGAAGACCGAGACAACAACAGCUGCGAUCGCUGAACACAGCAAUCAAACGCAGCCCGCCAGCACAGGGGAAGCGGCUUCACAGGAUGCAGGCCCAGCAGCGAAUGGACAGCCAGCAGCCGCGCAUGACCAACAACAACAACAACAACAACAGCAACAGCAGCAGCAGCAGCAGCAACGAGGUAGUGAAUCGGGAGAAGGGCAGCAGAGCAGCGGUGGCGGCGGUGGCGGGUUUGGUGGCAUCAAGCUGUCGUCGAAACGCGUGCAUCAUGUGUCGGACGCGUUUGCAGGGGCAGAGGACGACGAUGACUCGGAAAUGCAGCACAAGCGGUCGAAGAUUGCUCGCAUCCAAUACACAGACGAGCAGCUCCGCGCAGCAGGCAUUGACCCUGAGGAAGCAAAGAGGAACAAGCAGCGCGAAAUUGUGGCUGCAAUUCCCGCGGACAAGAAGGAUUUGUUCUCCUACAGUGUGCACUGGGACACCCUCAGCGACCAACUCAUGAACAAGGUGAUCAAGGUGUGGGUUGCAAAGAAGAUGAAGGAGCUCAUUGGAGAGGAGGAGCCAACCCUUGUCGAAUUUAUCUGCGAGCGCGUCCGCGACAAGGCCUCCCCAGAGUCGAUUCUGGAGACCAUCUCGGAUGUGCUGGACGAGGACGCGGAGAUGUUUGUGGUGAAGCUGUGGCGCCUCAUCAUCUUUGAGACUGAGGCCUGCAAGUACGGCAUCGGGUCCGUCUAGCGCGGCAUCAGUGACAUGAUGUGCACCCAUGUUGUUGUUGCUGUUGUUUUUUGUUUUGCUGUUGUUCCUCGUAUGGCUGGUUAGCUGCACCUCUCCAAGCUGUGUGUCGGUGUUGUUGUUGUAGUUGUUGUUCUCGGUGUUUGGAUGUUGGUUGUGUUGCUCCCCAAUUUAGUUACAUUCCAAAAGGAAG